AUGAGCUCUCUGACUGCUGUUACCAUUUUUAUACUUCAGCUUAUUACUGCUUCGACAGCAAGUGGUUCAGUGGACGCCCCUUGGCAUGUGAACAGAGGUGUCGGAUUACGACCCCACGUUCUUUGCCUCUAUGUCGGGGGAACCAUUGGAAUGACUAAGGAUGAGACUGGGGAGUAUGUUCCAACUCCAGGAUACCUGGAAGAAGUUGUUGCCUCUCUUCCAUGCUUCUCGGCCGAUGACGUGCCUCUCUUUACCAUACGUGAAUAUGAUGUACUGCUGGACUCAUCCAAUAUGAGGCCAGAAGACUGGCUAUUGAUAGCACGUGACAUUGCAGAUGCAUAUGACAACUACACUGGAUUUGUAGUCAUCCAUGGAACUGAUACCCUUUCAUACACAGCAUCUGCGCUGUCCUUUCUUCUUCCAAACCUGUCAAAGCCUGUCAUACUAACGGGAUCCCAGAUACCUCUUGCUGAAACAUAUAAUGACGGUGUCUUCAACUUGUUGGGCUCAAUUCUGUUAGCUGGAUGGUAUGACAUUCCCGAGGUUGGGUUGUUCUUUGCUGGAAAGCUCUACAGAGGCAAUAGGGCACAGAAGUACUCCUCUUGGCAGUUGAAUGCUUUUGACUCGGGAGCCUACCCGCCACUAGCUAUCAUGGGAGUCAGUGUUUUUGUCAACACGGAGAAGAUUCGCAGGGCAGACAGUGAUCAAAAGCCAACUGUGCAGGACGCAGUUUCCUCAGCUGUUGGAAUUGUACACAUUUAUCCGGGAGUUUCUGGCAACGACUUGCUUGCAACAGCCGUCGGAAAGAAAGGGCUGGUACUUCUAGCGUUUGGAUCUGGGAACGGUCCAUCCUCUGAUCCAGAGUUUAUCGCCGCUCUAGAAACUCUUCAUGCAAGAGGUUUGGUAAUCGUGGAUGCUACGCAGACAUUUUGGGGCAUGGUGGAUCUCGGUCUCUAUGAGACUGGCGGGGCCAUGCGCCGUGCCGGUGUAAUUUCAGCAUACACUAUGACUCCAGAGGCUGCUUACACCAAAUUGUCUAUUUUACUUGGUCAGGACCUUGAUCAGAGCGGUGUGGAGACGCUCUUUCAGAGCAAUCUAGCAGGUGAGCUGGACAUUCCUACAAUCCAAUCUCGUGUUAUGUAA